AUGCCUUGCGUUUUGCUGAACCUCUGUGAAUACGACACGCAAAAACUCGUCAAAAUCAAGAGUGUGAAACUUGGCUCACUGAAAUGGACGUUAAACGGAGUGAUCUUGAUGUUCAUUUGUAUCAUGAUGUUAUGGAAUAAAGAAUACCAGGAGUAUGAUUUUGUAGUGAGUUCUGUCACCACAAAGGUUAAGGGAGUUGCAAAGAUUACCUUACCAGAAGUUGGAGACGUUGUGUGGGAUGUGGUGGAUUACAGUGGACCAUCUCAGGGAAAGAACUCAUUUUUCGUUGCAACAAAUGCAAUUGUCACAAAGAACCAAAAACAAGGUAACUGCGCAGAGAUCCUUCCAAACGGGAAGCUGUGUCGAACAGAUAAAGACUGUGAAAAAGGGUUUUCUGACCAGCAUAGCCAUGGUGUUCAGACAGGUGCCUGCGUGAAGUUGGAGAUACUAAAGAAAACAUGUGAAGUUACAGCUUGGUGCCCUAUUGAGAACAAGAAGAAUCCCAGACCUGCUCUUUUGGCUGCAGCAGAAAAUUUCACUGUGAUGAUCAAGAAUAACAUCAGAUUUCCAGCAUUUAACUACAUAAGGAGAAACAUCUUGUCUGAAAUGAAGGACACUGACUUUAAAGGCUGCAUCUAUCACCGCUACAAAAAUCCAUACUGCCCCAUAUUCAGACUGGGAGACAUUGUGGCUGAAGCCAAGGAGAAGUUUUCAGAGAUGGCAGUGGAGGGUGGUGUGAUUGGGAUCCAGAUCAACUGGGACUGUGACCUGAACCGCUUCUUUCACAGCUGUUUACCCAAAUACUCCUUCCGUCGCCUGGAUGAAAAAGAAAGCAACCGAACCCUGUACCCUGGACUCAACUUCAGGUUUGCGAGAUACUCAACGGUGAAUGGCGUGGAACAGCGCACUCUCUUCAAAAUGUAUGGCAUUAGGUUUGAUGUGAUGGUGUUUGGGAAGGCUGGAAAGUUCAGCAUCAUUCAGCUAAUCAUCUACAUUGGGUCUACGCUCUCGUAUUAUGCUAUUACAACUAUAUUUCUGGACUGGCUUAUUGGUACCGGCUGUUACUCCAAAGAGGCAAAACAGAACUACACCGAGAGGAAGUUUGAGGCCGUUCAAGACCGAGAAGAGUGCUUCCUUUGUGUGUCAUUUGUGGACGAGGACAAUUUAAGAGUGGUGAAAAAAUCCCGAAAGAAAAGACUACAGGAGACAAAACCCCUUUCUUUACACCAGCGCAAAAAUGAGCUGGCCAGCAUGAAGACUCUGUUGAGUGUCCUGCAAUGUGGCCAAAGCAGAAGUGAGCCUGUACAAAACGGCCAAAGUGGCGGCCUAAUAGUGGACGAAAACCUUUCCAGCAGGCACAAUGGCAGACAAAACCCAGACACGCCAUUACUGGAGACCAUACAGUCUUCGUCUCCGACCUGGUGUCAAUGUGGCUCCUGCCGGCCUGCCGAGACCUUACAGGAGCAACUGUGCUGCCGUUUGAAGAAAGGCCGCUGUAUUACCUCUUCUCCGAUCUUUUCAUCACUAAUUGUCAGUCGCUCUGUCCUGGAGAACGCUUUGUUCUUUGUGGACCCCCUGGCGGAGCUGCACGAGGAGUCUCAGCUGCGUCAUGGGGCCUAUGCUCAGUUCAUCAGAUGGCGGUUUGGAGACAGCACACCCAGAGAUGCUCUUCCAGUAAUACCCAGCUGCUGUAUAUGGAGGAUCAGAGCAGAAUACCCCAGCCCUGACGGCACAUAUCGUGGCCUUAGAUCGUUUCAGGUCAUAACGUCUCAGACAGAGGUCAACAGAUGACAGACUUUAAUCAUUUAAUGAUGAGACAUCAGUCAGAAAUCAAUCAGGAUGACAAUGCCUUAUGAUU